CUGUGUAAAGCACACCGAGUGAGUCAAACCAAUAUCCAAACUGGUAGCACAGCUUGCAUAAAAUAGGCAUUACGUUUCUAUUUCUCUCAAAAGAUCCAAUUUUGCAGAGAUAUCCAAAUCGCUACAGUGUUCUCGAGACUCAAGCUCUCAAAGAAAUGGCUUUGAAUGGAGCAGCUCCACCACGAGGAAGUGCGGCUGCCACUGCCGCCAACUUGCGAAGGAGAAAGACUGGCGGCACUGGAGGGGCGGCUGGUGGAACAGCGGGGAACAUGCUCCAAUUCUACACGGAUGAUGCCCCUGGACUGAAAAUCUCUCCAAAUGUUGUUCUUGUUAUGAGCAUUGGCUUCAUUGCUUUUGUUGCGGUUCUUCAUGUCAUGGGAAAGCUUUACUUUGUCCGUAAAGAGGCUUAAGAAUGUUUUGUACUCGGUAACUAGCUAAUUAAAAUCUUUUGGUUACUUUGUACUUUUAUCGGUUAUAUUGGGAAAGGUUUAAUUUAUCUUGUUUUUUUU